UUUUUUUAUAAGUAGUUCUGGAGACUCCCUCAGUUAUCUGAAGCUGUAUAUCCACGGGACUAUUUUCCUCUACUUCAUGUUGAUAGGUCGCUAGACUCUGGAAAGCUCCUCUGGCUGUUUGACUAACUGAAGAUUUUAAGUGCCAAGGUGAUAGCAAUGAAUAGUGUGAAGGCAAAUACGCUGGCGCAUUUAUACAAGCAGCUGAAAACUAUCUGGAGUCCCCCGUCAGUGCCAGCACGACUCUGCAGCCUGGCCGCCUGCACUCGUAAAAACAGGAAUGAGGCAUUGCAUCCACUUUGGCAGAGUCCACUUACAAUUCCUGGGGGCACCCGACAGUCUCCUAUCAAUAUCCAGUGGAGAGACAGUGUUUAUGACCCUUUUCUGAAGCCUCUGAAAAUCAGCUAUGACCCAACAACGUGUCUUCACAUCUGGAACAAUGGAUAUUCGUUCCUGGUUGAGUUUGAUGAUUCAACUGAUAGAUCAAUAAUCGUUGGAGGUCCCUUGGAAAACCAAUACAGGCUAAAGCAGUUCCAUUUCCAUUGGGGAGCUAUAAAUGAGUGGGGUUCAGAACACACAGUUGACAGUAAAUUUUACCCAGCAGAGUUGCAUUUGGUACACUGGAAUGCAGUUGUGUACCCAACUUUUGAAGAAGCUGUGAUGGAAGGUAACGGCUUGGCUGUUAUUGGCGUGUUUUUAAAGCUAGGAGCACAUCAUGAAGGGCUGCAGACACUGGUUGAUGCCUUACCAGCAGUUAAACACAAGGACACUGUUAUCGAGUUUGAUGUCUUUGAUCCUUCCUGUUUGAUACCUUCAUGCCCUGAUUAUUGGACCUAUGCAGGCUCUUUGACUACUCCCCCACUUACCGAAUCGGUCACAUGGAUUAUUAAGAAGAAGCCUAUAGAGGUUGAUGAGAAUCAGCUGGAGGCAUUUCGGAUGCUGCUCUUUACUUCAGAUGGUGAAGAAGAAAAGAGAAUGGUAGACAACUUUCGCCCUCUUCAGCCAUUAAUGAACAGAACCGUCCGUUCAUCCUUCCAAAGCAGGCAUCUCUUGAAUACUGAAGUACAGCCCAAGGACCAUGCUGAGCAGAUCAGGCCAUAGAUGAUCCGUGAAAUGUCAGUCCGGACUGCAACGUUAUUUUUUUAAUUAUUUUUCCUUUUUCUGCAGUGUGUGUAUGCCGUUCCAUUUCACAGCCAGGCAGUUUCAGUUCUGCUAAGCGAUGUUUGACCUCCAGUAGAGAAGCUAUGGGUUUUUUUAGUUUGCUUUUUUAAGUAGUAAAUAAUAUUAAUCCUUAACAAAUCGACUUGUUUUAAAGCAGGGAUCAAUAAGGAAUUAUUUUGACAGUUAAAGGAAAAAUAAGGGCAGGUGACCUCUUCUCCUGCUUCUUUUCUGAAUUGUUCAGUGUCUCUUCAAAUGCUCUUUCAGUGACUGGCAUGAAUUGAUAAUCCCAACGAAAAACAUGUUAGCAAGCAGGAAGUGUGAUGAAGUGAAAAGUACUAAUUGGGUCCUUUUGUGUAAUUGUUUCAGAGGUUUGGAAAGAGAACUAGAGAAUCUAGUCACAUAUAGAGAGACAUUUUUAUCUUCAUCCUUUUUCCUUGGUGCUUAGGAUGACAAGAGGAGAAGGGAAAAAAUAGCUUAUAGAAUCUCCCCUCUUUCCAUUCUAUUGACUGUCUGAUCCACGUUUGAUAUGGAUGCCACAAAAUGUCCACUUUCUCUACACCACAAGCCAGAAUACUUUUUCUAAAACCUUAUAACAAAUGUAGAAGCUUUUAGCUUUGGCAGCAUUUACUUUUCUGUAUUAAUAAUGUACCAGGAGGAGAGAGCAGAAGAGAAUUCACCAAUAUCUCAAGAUUGGCAAGAGCAGCAAAUUAGGCGAAAAUGUCCAAUUGAUCCCGCGAAACUGAUCACAUCAAAGGAAAGCAAAAUUAGAUAAGCCCCAGCUGACCCUCCCAAUGGGAGCUGGGGGCGGAGGAGGGGAACUCAAACAAUUUCUGAAAGCUGAUCCAGUGCUAGGAGACUAUGGACAAAACGCAGCAUUCAGUAACUCACGGAGCACCAGUGCACUCUCUUCAAAGUUUUGUCUGAAGAUCUACUUUUCUUAUGAAAAGAGUUAUCUAGCUUUAGGACAACUGGAGACCAGAUUGUAUUUAUAGCACCUUAUGGUAAUGAAGUUAAGUGGUGGUUGAAAUUUAUUUGUGGACCAGAUGAAAUGGUUGUGUAAAGUGCCAGCUCUGGAGCCUUAUCCUAGACUUACGGUCCAACUGCCACAAGUAUCUUCUACCUCUGAAGCAUACUACUGCCAUAAUUUUCUCUCGAGCACCUUUCUCACUGGCUUUUUAUGCUGUACUAUAUUUAACAGUGUGCCUGUGCAUGAAAUUCAUGUACCGAAUGUAUGGUCAGAUUUUCUGAUGAGGAGCAGGUCUGUCUGUAAACCCAUGACAUGAUCUUGAUUGAUUGUAUUUGAGGAGUCGUCUCGGAGAAGAGAUGUUACUUGGUCUGCUUCUGCCAGUAAGCAAAGUCCUGGUUGCUGGUAUAGUUCAGCACAAGUAAUGCCAGGACACUGGCUUGUCAACGCUAAAUUCAGAACUUUAGAAUUGAUACUUUUUUUUUUUUCCAAGUCCAAGCGUUCAGUUGAAAAGCACUUUAACACUUUUUAAUGUGACUCUGAUGAUUUUAAGGCUUUUGAAUUUUUUGGUUUAACCAAUUAAGUGCCCAGGUCAUGCCUUCUCUUCCUUAAUAGCUCUACCUCAGGCUGUUGUUACGUUGCAACAGUUGUGCCUUUCUCCUUUGCCAAUUUGAAAUGUGGCCACAUAACUUUAGAGUGUCUCUACGUGAUAAGUGUAAGAAAAUCUCUCUCCUAUCCCAGUGUAGUAUACUUAUUUUUACUAUAUAGUAUAUUUAACAUGGCAGUAUAUGUCUUCAGUUUCAUUACCUCUCACAAGCCUUUACUGCUUGGUUGAACCUUACCAUCUUGGCUGAACUCUGUAGAACUCUAUCAUCUAUACCAACUUGGUUGAAUUUUACCAUCUCAGUUGAACUAUACAGUCUUUGGUACCAUCACACAGAUUUUUAUUUUUUUUUUAUUAUGUUCCUGGUCCGCAGAAUCUAUGCGGAUAUAAAAUUAAUCAGUUUUAGCACUGAUCACUUCAAAUAUCUGGAAACAGGGACAACACAGAGAGGAUUAGCUCUACUGUGCUACAAAAAUAAGUUUUACAGGGAUUUUCUGUUACAGUUAUUUUGCUGGGUUUUGUGUCUUGCAUUUACAUGUUAGUGUUCUAGCAUCUCUGGUUAAGAUAGGCAGUAUCUCAGUUGCAGGGCGGAUUGUUGUUGAAAUUAGCAGUUUAGAAAUGAACAGAAAGGUUUUGGGGGGAGCUUUUUUAAC